CAACGUCCGCGAGCUCUACGCCAAGAUCGCCGAGGCCUUCGGCAUAGCGCCCACCGAGUCACAAGGUGGACAUGCAGAAGCUGCUCGGGGGGCAGAUCGGGCUGGAAGACUUCAUCUUCGCUCACGUGCGUGGAGAGACCAAAGAGGUGGAGGUCACCAAAACGGAGGACGCUCUGGGGCUGACCAUCACAGACAACGGGGCCGGCUACGCCUUCAUCAAGAGGAUCAAGGAAGGCAGCAUCAUCAACAGGAUUGAGGCAGUGUGCGUGGGCGACAGCAUCGAGGCCAUCAACGACCACUCCAUCGUGGGCUGCCGGCACUACGAGGUGGCCAAGAUGCUGCGCGAGCUGCCCAAGUCCCAGCCCUUCACCCUGCGCCUGGUGCAGCCCCGGAGAGCCUUCGAUAUGAUUGGCCAGAGGAGCAGGAGCAGCAAGUGUCCUGUGGAAGCCAAAGUGAGCAGCGGGAAGGAGACUCUGCGCCUGCGCUCCGGGGCCCCUGCCACUGUGGAGGAAGCGCCCAGCGACGUGGAGGAGGCGGCGGCGCGCAGGGUGGACGACCUGCUGGAGAGCUACAUGGGGAUCCGGGACCCCGAGCUGGGUAAGCGGCGCGGCGGCCGCGGUGGUGGAGACUGCGCGGAGCUCGGCGGGAGCGCAGGCCUUCGCGCGCGGCCUGGACGCCGUUCUGGGCGAGUUCGCCUUCCCGGACGAGUUCGUGGUGGAGGUGUGGGCGGCCGUCGGCGAGGCCCGCGACGCCUGUGGCUAGCGUGUGUGGGAGUCCGAAGCCCUGCGCCCAGCCCCCUGCCGCAGCGCCGCUCCAGAACCCAGGACAGCCCCGAGACAAGGCCCGGCUCUCGAACCCGCCCCAGUUCCGCCGCCCAGGCCCACCCCAAGGCCCAGCCCAACGCUAGCACCCAGCUCAACCCCGAGGCCCGGCCUGGAUCCAGAAACCGCCCCGGUUCUGUGACCCAGGCCCAGCCCGAGGUCCUGCCUGCUUCUGGAACCCCAGUCCUCUCUGAAACCCAGCCUGAUUCUGGGACGCAGCCUGGUUCCAGAACCGAAGUCAGCCCUGAAGUUCGGGCUGGCAUUGGAACCCAGGACGGCCCUGGGGCCCAGCGUUGCUCCAGAGCCUAUCCUGAAACUGAAAGCCAACCCGUCCCUAGAGCCCAGGCUGGCCCUGAGUCCAGGCCCAGUUCUGGAGCUCAGGGCAGUCCUGAAGACCACAACAGCCCCAGAGCCCAGGCUGGCCCUCAGGUCAGAUUCCACUCGCAGACCAAGGUUGCUUCUGGAACAGAGACAGGCCGUGAGGGUGGGCCCGGUUCUAGAACACAGACACACCCAGUCAGAAAUUCCUGCUCUAGAGCACGGCCAGGCACGGGGCCCACGCCCCAUGCCGGAGCCCAGGUCACGGCUGACCGUCAGCCCUCCAAAGUCCAGCCAGGCCCUGCUGCCCUGAAGCCACGCUCUGGAACCCCGAUAAAGAGCCAGCUAGGCUCAGAGCACCGCCCCAGCCCCGAGUCCUGGCAGUCAGGUUCCCAGACCCAGCUCAGGUGUGAAGCAGUCGCUGGGGAGGCCCGGCCCUUCUCUGAUGCUUGGAGAGGCUCUGGAGGAACCGCUAACUCCAGACCUCACACAAGAUCUACCACACCGCUGACUGAUGGAACCCAAGCCGGCUCACAGAGCCAGGCACCUCCCCGACCCCUGGGCAGUGCAGGCAGCCAAAGCCAUGCUGCUGCCCCUUCCAGACUGAAGCCCCAGCCCUGCCCCUCAGCCCGGCCGCCCCCCGGCACCUCCCGUCGCCCCACACCCCCAGCUGGCUGCAGUGAUGAGUCCCGAAUGCCAUGCACCCCAGAAGCGAGGCCCAGCUCCGGGAUGUCGCUGGCCACCAAGCUCUCCCCACCCAGAAGGCAUGCCAGCUCCAGGACACAGUCCGAUUCUGGGACCCAGACGGACUUCCAGACCGGGCCCAGCUCCGGAGCCCCCUCAGGUUGUGCUAGCGAUCGAGGGUCUCAGUCACAGCCUUUGGCAGAGAAGGAGCCCGGCUCCAGGGCCUUGUCUAGUUCUGGGGACAAAACCCAGCAGCCGAAGACAGCUGGAGCCAGCUGUGUCCCCAAGGCAGACGCAGGACAGCGCCUUGACCCUGGAGUCCACUCGGCCUCCAGAACCCAGUUCAGUCCUCAGGUACCAGCACCCAGAGCUCAGUCCAGGCUGGCAGAGGUGUUGAGUUCCAGAACCGGCCCCGGCCCUGGCCCUGGCCCCAGCAGUUCUGGAAGUAAGCCCAGCUCAGGAGCCUGCCCCCUCAACUCUAGAGACAGCAGUGGCCCUCAGACCCCAGGCUUUGAGCCCAGCACACAGCCUGCUCCCCUGGCCCCACCUCAGUCUCUAAGCCCCCCCCCCCCCAGAGCUCCCACCCCUGCCCCCAGCAAGGUUGCUAGGCCCCAGCCUCAGGAGGAAACCCGGGCCACAGCCAGCCCCAGGCCAGGCCCCUCGGCCACUCUCCUGAACCGCGGCUCGCGCGCCCCCAGCGCCACCUCGGAGAAGCCAGCCCUUUCUCCCAAGCCCCAGCUAGGUCUCCAGAAGCCCGUGCCCCCCACCAUAUGUGUCACUCCCAGCCCCACCCCCAGGCCUGGGCCCCGCCCUAGCCUGUGACCCGACUCAUCCCAGUAGGAGGGCAGGAGGGUGGAAACUGAGGCUUGGGUUUCAGGGGCCUGGCUGCGAACCCCGCGUAACAGGACCUGGCCAGGCCACGGAAGGCACCGGGGAUGGAAGGCUCCCGGGACCUCGGUGGUGAAUAAAGGAGCCGCGCGCCCCCACAGUCGCCUA